GAACUAUGAUGUAUGUAUCGAUUUAAUAUAUUAAAUUUUAAUGUAAUGUAAUUGUGCUUUCCAAAAGAUUUCUUAUAAAUCAAUAAUUAAGUAUGAAUCGAUGGUUUAAUUCCACUUUGGUGUAUAUAAAAAAUAUUAAUGUAAUGAAAACACACUACAGGAGUAAAAUGUCCUCAUGCACUAUCGAUAAGAAAGCAAACCGAAUCAUUUGGAUGGAUCUGGAGAUGACAGGACUUGAUAUUGACAGAGACCAUAUUAUGGAGCUAGCGUGCUUAGUGACCGAUUCUGACCUUAAUGUGGUUGCAACAGGUCCGGAUAUAGUUAUACACCAACCAGAUCAUAUAUUAAACAGCAUGAACGAGUGGUGUAAAGCACAUCAUGGUGAGAGUGGGCUGACUAAACAAUGUAAAGAGUCUAGAAUAACCUUAAGAGAAGCUGAAAAUCAAGUUUUGAAGUUUGUUGCUUCCAAUGUCCCGGAGAAAUGUUGUCCCUUAGGAGGAAAUAGUGUCUACAUGGAUAGACUGUUCUUGAGAAAGUAUAUGCCACAAUUAAAUAAUUACCUGCAUUACAGAAAUAUAGAUGUUAGUACAAUAAAGGAACUUGUGAAAUGGUGGUAUCCAAAAGAAUAUUCUAGGGUGCCGAAUAAAAAGUUUGCACAUAGAUGCCUGAGUGAUAUAAUGGAUAGUAUAGAAGAAUUAAAAUAUUAUAAGCAUAAUGUUUUCAAAUGAUAAUAAAAAUCAACAAUCAUAAUAAUAUAUAAUAACUAAAUAAAUAUACUUUUUAUUCCUGGUGUGCCACUUAAAAUAUUGUUACAUAGACGGGUAAUUAGUAUUGUCAUUGUAUUGUGUGUGUGUUAACAGUCUAUUUUCUUUUGUGUGUAUUUAAAUCCUUCUUGUAUUUAAUAAAUCCUAACAGUUCAA